AUGGCCGCCUCCCCGCAGCCAGCAGCAAAUCAUCCCGUCCUCAUUAUAGUGAUGGGCGUAUCUGGGACGGGCAAGUCUACCUUAGGCGCUGCUCUCGCUAAGGAGCUCGGACUUUCCUUCAUGGACGCAGACGACAUGCAUCCGAAAGCCAAUGUCGAGAAGAUGUCCAACGGCAUCCCGCUCACCGAUGCUGACCGCGAGCCAUGGCUAGAGCUCAUCCGAAAGACUUCCGAGAAGACCGUUGGCGAACAGGAGCAGGAUCCCAACUUCAGCGGGCGGAAGGGUGUGGUGAUCGGGUGCUCUGCACUGCGGGCGUACUAUCGCGACAUCCUGCGUGGCAAGAUCAAGCCCGCCUCCGCAGAUAAUCGUUUGUCGGACCACCUCGAACCUCCCCACCCCCACGAGCUCCCCACGUACUUCGUGUUCGUCGAUGGGUCGAGGGAAGAGCUGUUCAAGCGGAUGUCAGAGAGGAAGGGUCACUUCAUGAAGGCGAACAUGCUGGACAGUCAACUCGCGACGCUCGAGAGUCCCACGGGGGAACCUGGAGUCGUUACUGUUGGCUUGAACCUUUCGACUGAGCAGCAGAUCCAGGCAGCAAUAGAAGGAAUAGAGAACCUUGGGGCUGGCUCGCUGAAGCCGUGA